ACUGGUGGACCAAAGACCAACACCCGGAAGUGGAACCUCGAGCACAUUAUGCCAGGGUCUAUUGCAUGGGCUGCUGUCAUUGCAAUCUUUUUGCUAUCACCUGAUACCGAAUUUCAGAAGUCGGGCACAGGAAAGUCCUCUGGCAUCAACUACAAGGACCUUUUCUUUCACUACAAGAAACUCUUGCUCACCAAGUGGGACAGCCGCCACAUCAAGACCAUUGUGCAAAACAUCGACCAAGAAGUUUUCGGCGCCAUGAAAUCAUCUGCUUCUGCAGCCACUCAAGAAGAUCACUCCAGCAAAGUCAUUCACGCAAUGAAUGCACUCGAUAUUGAUAGCGACAAUGAG